ACUGCACUGACCGAUUGCAGAGUUCACACGUUCACGUCAUAUCAACCGAAACACAAAUAUAAAUAAACCAUGGCUACAAUGGAUGAUUUUUUCAAUAAAGUGCAACGAAAACAUCCCACAAUUCUGGAUGACUUACGGGAAAUCUUCAAAAACUCCCAGAGCGAUUCACCACAACGGUCUAUAACACUAUCCCAAAUACGUGCUGCCUACAGUCAACGGACUGGCGAGGAUUUUCCCGUUAAGGGAAGCACGCGAACCCAAAUGUGUUUCGUCCUGACAAUCCCUUAUAUCGCCUGCUUCACCAGUCGAAUUGGCACAUUGCGAUUUUUCACUUUCGAAGCGAAUCAGGAAUAAGGGAGCAAUAUACACCUCUUCUAGUCAUACCCGUGCAAUUUCUGUAUACUUUUAAAUAUAUAACGCAAUACAUUAAUUUUAAAAUAAAUA